AUGACGUCACACCAUCUCUUCACGUUGACAGUUGGCUCGUGUCCCGUGGCGGGACUUGGGUCCGUAGGUUCUUGCCGGGACACCUGCCGGACGGACUGGGACUGUCCCGGGGGACGGUUGUGCUGCCCGAAGCGCUGUUGGAACUGGGCGGCUGUCUGUAAGGACCCCGUACUACCAGCUACGGAGGCACCGCCUGAGUCACCUCCAGGUGGAGACGAUACAACUCGAAACGAUGGAGAGAAUACAACAAGAAUCCUCGAAAUAGUACUUCCCACGGUUUUGAUUCCCGUAACCGCAAUCGCCAUUACCAUCAUAGCUGUCUGCUUCAAGCGUCCCGAUAAUGCAGUCACCCCCAUCGUGGUGGCCGUUCCGUGCCGACCAGUUCUACUGACAGCAGAAACUGGGACGUUCAGUAGUCCCAACUACCCAGAGAACUACCCGAACAACCAGAGAUGUCUGUACGAGAUCAUAGUGCAGCGGAAUCAAAGGAUCCUUCUGACAUUUUCUGACUUCAACGUUGAGAGAGACCUGGACUUCGUGGAGGUCUAUGACGGAAUCGACCAAAGCAGAGGAGGAGAGCGGUACACAGGUCAGACAAACGUCCACCUUAUAGAAUCUACAGGGAACGCCAUGACGGUAGUCUUUACGUCGGACAGGGCAGGGACGGCCUCCGGGUUUAACGCCUCGUACAUUACAUUGGAGUCAGGUUGCCAGCCAGUUCUGUUGACAGGCGAAAGCGGGACCUUUAGCAGCCCAGACUACCCGGACAACUACCCUAGCAACCAGACCUGCCGUUACGACAUCGUGGUGGAGUCAGACAAGAGGAUCCAGUUGACCUUUUCUGUGUUUGACCUUGAGAGAAGCUCGGACUUCUUGGAUAUCUAUGACGGGAACUCUACUGACAGGCAGAAUCGAAUAGGGGUCCGGAACACUGGUCUGCUAAACCUGGGCACCAUAUACUCCUCAGCUAACACCAUGACGGCCGUCUUCACUUCUGAUGCUACGGGAACAGCUGCUGGGUUCAGUGCCACCUACACUGCAGUAGAUAUAGGGUGUCCAUCCCGAGCCUUUAUGAAGGACAGCGGUCGGCUCCACUCCCCUUUCUACCCGGCACCUUAUCCAAACGAGGACCGAUGCCGGUACCGCAUCAAAGUCGACUUCAACAAAGCUGUCCAACUGGCCUUUGUGGACUUCACCCUCGAAGAUGGCUAUGACUAUGUAGAAGUAUUCCAGGGCGACACCACAAAUCGACGCUACACCGGAAGUAGCAAUCCAGGCAUGCUGACGUCAUCAAGUCACUUCAUGAACAUCCUCUUCACUUCCGACCAUUCCAUAGCGAAGCGCGGAUUCAACGCCACGUACACAUCAGUGGAUAAAGUCUUCACUACCUGCACCAUCGGCCAGUUCCGGUGUGCGGAUGGAGUGACGUGUAUCAGGUCAUGGCAGCGGUGUAACGGAGAGGUGGACUGUAGCGACAGGUCUGACGAGAGGCAAUGCGGUUAG